AGGGCUAGGAGGAUAGCAGAACCCACAGGAGCUCUUCCUAGAGAAUCAAUGUAUCUCAUUUGCUGGGUUUAUCUGGAGCUGAAUGAGUGAUGGAAAGAACUGUCCUUUUCUAAACUUCUUUGGCACAUUGGUGAUCCAGGGGAGUGGCUUCUAAGCCCCAGCUGUCCAUGGUGUUACUGUCAGAGCCCAUUAGCACUCACACUUUGUUUGGGAUAACAGUCACAGCCAGUCAGUAAGCACAAAGUCAGUAGUAAGGUACUAGAGACAUGCAGCACCUCUUGUUUUUUUUACCAAUAUCUUUAUUUUUGUACCAGAUACAUGAUGUAGGUGCAACUGGCUGUGGUCCUUGUGUCAGGGACACCUGCAGACCUGUUACCUGUGCAGCUCCAGAGCUGCUCACCAAAGAUGAUUGUGACUGCUGCGACCGGUGCCUCAGCAUAGAAGGAGAAGAAUGUGGUGGGCGAGAUGAGACCAGAGCCCGUUGUGCUCCUGGCAUGGUUUGUGUAAGUCGGUCCAGUUAUGGAAGUGGAUCAUCCUCUUUUUCUGAUGGAACAGGAUUCUGCUUGUGUGAAGAGGAAGGUGCUGUGUGUGGUUCUGAUGGAAGGACCCAUUCAAGCGUGUGUGCCCUACGCCUGCACAGCUGGAGGACACAAAGCCAAGGCAAAGGUUCUGUCCACAAGGUCCAUGAUGGGGAGUGUACAUUUGCUCCUGUUAUAACUGUGGCACCUAAAAAGAUCCACAAUGUAACCGGUGCCCAGGUGUAUUUGUCUUGUGAAGUAAAGGCCGUUCCAACUCCCAGCAUCUCCUGGAGAAAGGUAACUGAGUCUCCUAAGGGAAUAAGGCUGUUUGAAGAGCUUCCUGGAGACAGAGUCAAUGUUGCUGUUCAAGUACGUGGUGGUCCCUCCCGUCAUGAAAGCUCUAGCUGGGUUAUGAUAAAGCCAUUGACAAAAGAAGAUGAAGGAACCUACCAAUGUCAUGCAACUAAUAUGGUUGGAGAUGCCUUUGCUGAAGGGUCAAUAAAGGUUACAGAACAUAGCUUACGCAGGAUGAAGAAGAACCAUCAUUCUAGCUCUGAGGUCAUUGUUUGAUCAGGAUUGAAGCGCAUCUGGUUUUUAUAACAUUUUGAUUGCUUACUUAUGUAUAAGACAUGUAGAAAUAGUUUUAUAUCAUUGCAAUGUUUUUGUACGAUCUUUAAAAUAGAACAAAAUGUGUUUAAUAAAGUUUCAUAGCUAAAAACCA